AUGCUGGACUCACGUGAAGAGCAGGAGAGCGUGGGCAUUUCAGAAGACAUUCUGGACGGCCUGGAGAGUGCAGAGGUUGCCAAUGAGGAGGGUAGGGGGCAGGAGGCUGAUACGGAUCUCCAAGUGAUGUUCUCGAAGUUCAUAGGCGGUGGGCAGAAGGGGGAGAGGAAAGAGAAGCUUGUGAAUGUCAACUUCAAUGCCAAGAUGUCGAACGUCGUCAGCACGUGCAAGGAGUACUUCUUCCAGGCGGACUUCCAGGCCCUGCUAGACGUGCAGAAGGACUUCCGGGCCGUGGCCAAUGGCGUCAUCGAUCUGCGCUCGGGUCAGCUGCUCCUGCAUCAUCCUCGGUUCAUGAACAGCCGCGUGAUCGACUGGCCGUUCCCUGGCUAUGGGAUCUCCUAUUCAAGGGGUCAGAUGGUUCGAUUCUUGGAGGACAUCAUGCAUCUCCCUGGGGAGGACGGUCCAGCCGCCAUGGAGCACCUUCAGGUCCUGCUAGGCUACGGCCUCACAGGUCACACCAGCAACCAGGUGCUAGCCAUUUUUGUUGGUGAAGGGAGCGCAGGCAAAAGCCUACUCCUGUCGCUGCUAAGGAAGCUGCUCGGGCCUUCCUACAGAGACGUGCGCAAGGAAAUUGUUGUGAACGCAAAGGGACAGCGGGCCGCAAACAAGGGGGCCGCGUCGCCUCUAGAGGCAGGGCUCGCUGGGGCGUUGCUGGCGGUCGUCGAGGAGACUGACAAGUCAGACACGCUUGAUGAAGCUGGCAUGAAGAAGCUGACAGGUAGCGACAUCAUCACGGCGCGUCCCCUCUUCAAGGACUUCGUCACAUUCACGGCAACCGUCUUGCUGAUUCUAUGCACCAACUACCUGCCCAAGACGGACAAAACGUGGUCCGUUGCUCUGCGACGACGCCUUCAGCUGGCGUGCUUUGUCAAGCGCUACUUCUCCCCCCACGAGAAGGGCUACGACCCCGGCAACCCGUUGCACGGAACCUCCUUGCCAAACCCUCCUUCCCACUCUGGGCGCCAUCUGCAACGGGCCCCUCAACUCCAGGGGUCGCCAACUUUGAGAGCAUCCUCAAGAGGUGUCGGCACCGGUCCGGCCCGCUACAGUCAACGUGGCUGCAGUGCGUAUUCUGCCCCCCUAGCACGCACACUACGGGCUGCUCUCCACGAUCACACACGACAAAGACUCGAAGCUGUGGACCGCCAACCCACGCCUCUGCGUCCACCCCAAAGAGAGGCGCCCCAACACGCCCCCACUGAUCCAGUGGCAACACCCAGUCAGACUGCAUGCCCCCCCUUGUGA